UCUACGUCUAGUUCAUCGAUCAAUUAGUCUUUUUCAGAAUUUGAUAGGUGCACUAAUUCUGUAUAACCUUUUGCCUUUUCCAUCCGAAUGGCAAAGAGUUUUUUUACUCCGGCGGGGUGUUUUCUCAUGGAUGUUUUGUAGCGUUGCACCCUGAGGUUGGAGUGUUGUCCGCUGCAUUUGUGCCUCGGGUAUCUCAGCGCUGGACCUCUGCAACUUCUUCUGAGAGCCUCCAACCCUGGCUCCAAAUAAUAUCACCUAACCCAAGAAGAGAAAGAAAGAAAACCCUAGAGAUGCUCCUCCGCCUCUCUCCUCCUGCUUCGACUCUCCUCCUUCUCUCUCCCCAUCACUCUAUUAAACUUCAUCAGCCAUGGCUGCACAGUCGUGCGAUCAGAAAACUUCAACACAAGGGAGGGCAUGGAGGGGUAAUAUGUAGAGCUGAGCUCUCUCAAGAUGCACCCUUUGCCCUUGCAAUCGAAGCCUGCAUUCUCAAUUCACUGAUUUUUCCAGUCCCCAAAAGUGAACCCAAUGAACAGGGCUCUGGUCUUGACUCAAGUGACACGAGGUUUGCAGCCAUGGGGAUCAUCAGCUUCAUUCCCUACUUCAAUUGGAUGAGCUGGAUAUUUGCAUGGUUGGAUACUGGAAGACAACGCUAUUUGGUGUAUUCCAUUGUGUACUUGGUUCCUUACUUGAGGACGAAUUUGUCCCUUUCACCCGAGGAAAGCUGGCUUCCUAUUGCUAGCAUCCUCUUCUGUAUUGUCCACAUUCAGUUGGAGGCAAAUAUAAGUAAUGGAGAUCUGCAGAGCUUCCAACUCUUUGGCGAGGCUCUCCAGCAACUUAAGGCUGUCAUUGGAAAGAAAGACGCUCAUCAUCACCACUCCCCACAACGCAAGGGUGAGAGCAAAAAGAAACAUGAGAAGCUCCCAUCAAAGCAAGAAAAGACCAUAGAUGAGUUUCGAGAUUGGGUUGGAAAGAGGGAAACAUUGGAUGAUAAAAUUUUCAUUGAGAAAGAUGAUGUUACAGAAGCUGAGGAUCAUCAUGAUUCGGAUGAGCAUGCAUAACCCAUGUGAAAGAUAUGGAUUUAACCAUUAUUUUCAGAUAUGUAAGGUGUCAGAUUCAUCCUUGCUGAUACCAGAAACUCGCUUCUGUGGUAUGGCAAAUGAAAUUACAUGGCAGUACUGUGCUUUUGGUUUGGAAAGAGCUGCAAGUUGUGUUCUGUAAUAAGUAACUUUCACAAAUCAUUUCAAAUGAAAGAGUUUUGCCCUUCA